UUCCUUUGCAGCCCAAGGAUUCCAGUUUUCUUAUACCACGGUGUACACUAGCUCUCCUUGUUUGCCAUGGCCGGCGAUCAUGGCGGUGAAGCCACACACGGCUCCAGCCGCCGGCUGGAGAGCAUACUUACAGACCUAACUAUGCCAUGGCCUCGCCGACUCUGGUCAGCCACCACCGUCGAGAUGCAGCUUCUCUUCCCCCUCGCUGCUCCCGCCGUGGUCGUCUACAUGCUGAACAACCUUCUCUCGCUCGGCACUCAGGUCUUCUCCGGCCAUCUCGGAAACCUCGAGCUCGCCGCCUCCUCCCUCGGAAACAACGGGAUCCAAAUCUUCGCCUACGGCCUCAUGCUAGGGAUGGGGAGUGCCGUAGAGACGCUGUGCGGACAAGCCUAUGGCGCGCACAAGUACGAGAUGCUCGGCAUAUACCUGCAGCGCUCGACGGUGCUCCUGAUGGCGACCGGAAUACCACUCGCGGUGGUAUACGCCUUCUCGAGGCCGCUACUACUACUCCUGGGGCAAUCGCCAGAGAUCGCAACGGCCGCGUCGAUAUUCGUGUACGGCCUCAUCCCGCAGAUCUUCGCCUACGCCGCCAACUUCCCGAUCCAGAAGUUCCUGCAGGCUCAGAGCAUCGUGACGCCGAGCGCGUGCAUCUCCGCCGGCGCGCUGGCGGUGCACCUGGUGCUGAGCUGGGUGGUGGUGUACAAGGUUGGUUUGGGCUUGUUGGGGGCCUCCCUGGUGUUGAGCCUGAACUGGUGGAUCAUAGUUGCGGCCCAAUUUCUCUACAUCGUGACGAGCCGGCGGUGCCGGUUCACGUGGACCGGGUUCAGCUGGCAGGCGUUUGCCGGCCUGCCAGAGUUCUUCAAGCUGUCGACGGCGUCGGCGGUGAUGCUCUGCCUGGAGACGUGGUACUACCAGAUCAUGGUCUUGAUUGCUGGUCUGCUGAAGGAUCCUCAACUGGCCCUGGAUUCACUCACGGUGUGCAUGAGCAUUGCCGGGUGGGCGUUCAUGAUCUCAGUCGGCUUCAAUGCAGCUGCCAGCGUGAGAGUUGGCAAUGAGCUCGGCGCCGGUCAUCCGAAGUCAGCGGAAUUCUCGGUGGUGGUGGUAACAGUGCUGUCUCUCAUAAUAUCCUUGAUAGUAGCUACGAUCAUGCUCUGCCUUCGCCACUACAUCAGCUAUGCUUUCACGGAGGGUGAGACGGUGGCCCGUGCUGUCUCCGAGCUCUCCCCCCUGCUCGCCGCCACCCUCGUUCUUAAUGGCAUCCAACCUGUGUUGUCCGGUGUGGCUGUCGGGUGCGGAUGGCAAGCAAUUGUAGCAUACGUAAAUGUGGGAUGCUAUUACUUUGUAGGAAUUCCACUUGGCAUUCUCCUUGGCUUUAAGUUUGAUCUAGGAGCAAAGGGCAUAUGGGGAGGCAUGCUUGGCGGAACACUCAUGCAGACCUUCAUUUUGAUUUGGGUUACUUUCCGCACAGAUUGGAACAAAGAGGUGGAACAAGCCAUGAGAAGACUAGACAAAUGGGAGGACACGAAGCAACCUCUGCUGAGCAAUCUUGACUAGGAAACAGAUGACAGAAUCAGCCUUCCUAGUUAUGGUACAUCUCCAUUGACAUCACAAUUUACGUGGUGUCAUCCAUUACCUAUGACAACAUUACCAGCAGCAAGCUAGUAUCUGAAGACAGAGAGACCCUCAAAAGAAUGAAAAGAAGAAAGCAAGAAAGUAGAUGGGUUCCCUCAAGUUUCUCCUAGAAAUGGAUCUAUCAGUGUGUUAGCAGUUAUGUCCUAAUCUUGGGCAUUACAAGCUAAACAAGUACAUAGUUAUAGAAUGAAAAAUCAUAAGACAAUUUGUAAAUUCGUGUGCAUCUUGAUGUCACAAUGAGCUUAAUUUCUGCAACAGUGAUUGAAUUCAGGAUGAUGAUCAAUUAAUUCUAUUGGACUGUA